CCGGGCUGCAGCCAUGGGCCGUUACUCGGGCAAGACGUGCCGGCUGCUCUUCAUGCUGGUCCUCACCGUGGUGUUCUUCGUGGCCGAGCUGGUGUCGGGCUACCUGGGCAACUCGAUCGCGCUGCUGUCCGACUCCUUCAACAUGCUGUCGGAUCUGAUCUCGCUGUGCGUGGGGCUGAGCGCCGGUUACAUCGCGCGGCGCCCUGGCCGGGGCUCCCGGGCCACCUUCGGCUACGCGCGCGCCGAGGUGGUGGGCGCGCUCAGCAACGCCGUCUUCCUCACCGCGCUCUGCUUCACCAUCUUCGUGCAGGCCGUGCUGCGCCUCGCCCGGCCCGAGCGCAUGGACGACCCCGAGCUGGUGCUCAUCGUCGGCGCCCUGGGGCUCGCCGUCAACCUGGUGGGGCUGCUCAUCUUCCAGGACUGCGCCGCCUGGUUCUCCUGCUGCGUCCCGGGCCUCCGCCGCCGCCUGCAGCAGCAGCAGCAGCAGCAGCGACAGCUGGACCAGGGGGGUGCUUCGGGGGGACCCCAGGGCACGGAGGGCCAGCAGGAUGCGGUGACCCCGAGCGUCCCCGGGUCUGACUCCGCUGUGACCUUCCGGGGGGCUUCGGUGGAGAGCAAGCAGGAGAAGGGGGCGACCGUUUUCUCAAAUGUAGCAGGUGAUUCCCUGAGCACCCAGAAUGAGCUGGAAGAGACUAUGAAAAAGGAGAAAAAGUCUGAAGCCCUGAAUAUCCGAGGCGUUCUCUUACAUGUGAUGGGAGACGCGCUGGGGUCUGUGAUUGUGGUCAUCACUGCUGUCAUAUUCUACCUACGUCCCCUGACCGCUGAAGCGCCAUGUAACUGGCAGUGUUACAUUGACCCCAGCCUGACCAUCAUCAUGGUCAUCAUUAUUCUGUCAUCGGCCUUUCCGCUCAUCAAGGAGACUGCUGCCAUUCUGCUGCAGAUGGUCCCCAAGGGAGUCGACAUGGAAGAGCUGAUGAGCAAACUCUCUUCUGUGCCUGGAAUCAGCAGCAUGCAUGAAGUGCACAUCUGGGAACUUGUAAGUGGGAAGAUCAUUGCCACCCUGCACAUCAAGUACCAGCAGGACACAGGUUAUCAGGAUGCCAGCACAAAAAUUCGAGAAAUCUUUCACAAUGCAGGAAUCCACAACCUGACCAUUCAGUUUGAAAAGGUGGACUUGAAGGAACCCCUGGAGCAGAAAGACUUACUGUUUCAAUGCAGCAGCCCCUGCAUCUCCAACGGCUGUGCUAAAAGGCUGUGCUGUCCUCCUGGAGCACUGCCCCUGGCUCAUGUCAAUGGCUGUGCUGAGCACAAUGGUGGCCCUCUAGAGAUAUAUCGAAGUAGAAGAGAAGCCACUGAAGUAGCCAUUGACGUGCCUUUGGAUGGCUGUCUGCCUGACCACGGACAAACUAUUAACAAAACUUGGGAGGAACAACAUUCUGAAAACAGUACACAUUUUUGAUCUGGUACUCCCCUAAGAUCAGACUCUAUGUAGUUUAGGUGCAUUGGAACCACCAGCUUGGCUUGUGGAAACAGCUUUGUGGGUUGUGGGCUCGAACCAACCUUGCACUCUCUGUGUUCAGUAAGGGUUGGAUAAUUAGGAUUUAGUGGAACAUAUCUGUUGGUUUUCAUGUGGCUGCUAACCCCUUUUCAUUCCUCUGGGUAUCUCUUGCUGCUCUUCAACAGUUUUGUGAUUUCUAAAGCAAAGUACACUAGCACAUAGACCAGGGAUACUGAAGGGGGAACUCUUAACUCUGGACACUGGUUUUAAAAUAGUUCUUCCUUUUAUUAUUAUUAUUAUUUUUUUGUGGUGCUGGAGAUUGAACCCAAGGUUUUGUAUA